AAUUGCGCAUUGUGAGAACCAUGUCCAUUUGCUGCUACUAUUAUUGGAGCUAAAAAGCAGUUCAGUACCAGGGCCUUUAGUUAACCAGACUGUGAUUGUCUUAUUCUUCACCAUGAUGAUCUCUGCUGGUAGCAGCUGUUGAAGAGUGAGAGAAGUUACAGAAAAAUCACACAGAAAGCAGAAUGGUCGUUAACACCACCAGGCCAACAUGGCUAGCCACGUUUCUGAGGCCCACAACGUAUGCUCAGAUGCUCAGAGGAAACUUUUUAAUAGAUCAGUGACACCAACAUCUCAGCGCACUAACCACAGGAAGAAAGACAGCUUGGAAAAUGGAUCAGUGGAUUUACACAAUGCGCUGUCCUGGUAUACUGGCCUUAGCUAUUAUCCUGUCAAUGACGCAAUGCUGCGUGUUGAGUGAGUCGAGAAGUCCACACGGUCUGAAAUCCAACCCACAGCUGGGCGAGGGGUCUAUUACCACCGCAUUGCAUCGUAGAUUCAGACGGACCUGGGUCUGGGAACCAAUGCUUGUACCAGAGGAGGACCCCACUCCACGUGUUAUUGGCCAACUGAAAUCAGACAACGAAAAAGUGGAUAACUCGAUCAAGUACAUUCUGUCAGGGGAAGGUGCUGGGGAAAUGUUUGAAAUUGAUGAAUAUUCGGGUGAGAUUCGCACUUUGCAGAAGUUGGACCGCGAACAGAAGGCCUUCUAUGUUCUUCAGGCUCAAGCUCUUGAUAGAAGUUCCAACGAGCCCGUCGAGCCACAGUCGGAAUUCAUCAUCAAGGUCCAGGAUAUCAAUGACAACAUUCCCCAGUUCCAAAAUGAACCCUAUAUCUCCAGCAUCCCUGAAAUGUGUCCUAUUGGGACUACUGUGGCCCAGGUGACAGCCACAGAUGCUGACGAUCCCCUUUUCGGAAACAAUGCCAAGCUCAUCUACUCCAUCCUACAGGGGGAGCCUUACUUUUCUGUGGAACCGAAAACAGGGAUCAUUGUGACCUCGAUGUCCGACAUGGACAGGGAGGCCAGGGAGCAGUAUCUGGUGGUGGUGCAGGUGAAGGAUAUGCUGGGACUCAGCGGCGGUUACUCCGCCUCCACAACUGUCACCAUCAGCCUGACUGAUGUCAAUGACAAUGGACCCACCUUCCAGCACAACCUUUAUACAUUUGCCGUUCCGGAGUCAGCACCAGUAGGCACCACAGUGGGCAGGAUCAAGGCAGAUGAUGGCGACCUGGGCAUCCAUGCCCGGAUGAACUACAGUUUGGAGGACCUGGAGGACAGUGGCACCUUUAAAGUCCAAACAGAUCCAGUCACACAAGAAGGGGUGGUUCUACUGGCAAAGUCUCUGGACUAUGAGAGCAAGCGACGGUUCGUCAUGGCUGCAGAGGCGGUCAACGAUCACAUAGACACCCAUUUCCUGAGUUACAAUGAGUUUCGGGACAGGACGACUCUCAAGAUUGUUGUUGAGGACGUUGAUGAGCCCCCCAUCUUCAGUGAACCUGAUUAUAAGUGGAAGAUUCUGGAAAAUGCAGCGACAGGCACCAUAGUUGGCACCGUUAGUGCCAGGGACACUGAUUCAGUCAAUAACCCGAUCAGAUAUUCAAUUGACAAAAGCAGCGAUAUAAGAAAAGCUUUUAAAAUAGACCCAAACAAUGGGACCGUAACGAUUGCAAAACCUUUGGACCGCGAGGAAGAAGCCUGGCACAAUCUAACCAUAACAGCCAAGGAAACAAAGCAAAACCAUCUUUCCUCGUCGGCAGUGGUAUUCAUCCAAGUGCUGGACAUAAACGACAAUGCACCAAUGCUUGCUAGGGACUACAAGUCACAUGUCUGUGAAGGCACACAGUCAGGAGAGCUCAUCCAGCUGAUCAAUGCUGUGGAUUUGGAUGAUCCUAAGGAGGGACACCACUUUUACUUUUCCAUGGUCACUGAGAAACACAUCAACCCCAACUUCACCAUCAGGGACAACCAAGACAACAGUGCUAGCAUCCUGGCACGACGGAGCUCGUUCACCCGUAGCGACCGUACCCAGUACCUGCUUCCUGUGAUGGUAGUAGACAGUGGAUCCCCUGCCCUAUCAAGUACCACUACCCUGACUAUCAGCGUGUGCAGCUGCCAGCCCGCUGGACACUGUCCCACAAGUGGGGUGGAGGCCCAGGCGCUCCCCAUGGGUGUCAGCCUCCAGACCCUGCUGGGCCUUGUGAUCUGCCUUGCAACAUUCACAGUACUGUCCAUUCUGAUGCUGAUUCUGAGAAGACACAGAAGGAAACAACAGGAGGGACCAGGGGGAAACAAGAAGGAGUUGGAACUGCCAGAGAGGGUUUCAGAGAAGGUGCUCCGCUACGAGGAACUAGGGGGUGGAAGAGGCGGUGACUUGGGGGGGUUCUGUCAGCCUGUCGUUCCCCUCCGCCCCCACCCACGCAGGAGGGACCGCAGGCUGCGCCGAGAGGAUGUGGCGGCUAGCAUCAGGAUGUCCAUGUCCCUGCGUCACUCCCACCUCAUUGGCCCCGAUGACGACAUCUUCAAACAGUUUAUCAUGGACAGGCUGGACGAAGCGGAUAAGGACCCCUACGUUCCGCCCUUUGACUGCUUGAGGUCAUAUACCUAUGAGGGGACAGGGUCUGCCACGGGGUCUCUCAGUUCCCUGGAGUCAUGGGAUUUUGUGGAUGCUGACCAGAGUCCUCGGGACCCUGGAUUACGCCUCGUAAGACUGACUCUCUGGCAAGGUGGGGUGGAGGAAGAGAUGACCUUCUGAAAAGGCUGAUAAUCCCUUACAAAAUAGAAGUGCACAUCACAGCCUGAACUUAAUUUUGAAGUCUUUGAUGACAUAAAUUACAUAUGCUUACUGGCACAGUAGAAAUAUAAGUAGAAACUAUUAUCUGUGUUAUGACGGUUAGAUUUUUUCUGUUGAUCAAUCAGUUUGUUAACCCUUUAGACCCAAAUCUAAUUCUAGAAUGCUGCUGUAGAUUUCUGAGAAUUCUCAAAAUAAAUCAUAUUUUCUCUUACAUUUCAGACAGACAUUGCACAGAAACCAAUAACAAAUUAUAAUUACAAAUUUACUUUGUUUUAAACAGCACAUAUUCAACUUUAAUUUCACACCACAAUCAUGUGUCUUGGAAUAUUAUACUUUUUCUCCCAUCAUGUAGACAUUCAACACAACAAAAAUUGUGAAUGUGGGUUCCGUUCUCUGGUGUGUUCUCCCUCUUCCAACAUCUUUCUAGCCACCUCUCACUUUAUGAGUGCAGCACCCAAUUGCCACUAGACAACAAAGGCCACUAGGCCUCAUAGACCAACCAGAUAGUUAGCUAGCUACAAUAAACAGCUGAAUACCUACCAAUGUUAACUAGUUUGCUGACUACAAAAAACUAAACACUGUAAAUCUUUUCAUGGUGAGAUUGAGCCAGCAAUAAUUUGUAGUCACUGCUAAUGUGAUCAUAAAGUAACCAUGUGGGACACAAAUCUCAAAACACAUCAGUAACCCAUCAAGACAAUUUUUUUUCACCCCCAAUUUCCACUGAACGAACUUGUGUCACUGCGAUAACUAUCCCAUGGGUUCAGGAGAGCCAUAGAUCCAAAAACUGCCGGUUGCGAGGAAGCGCUCACCCGCAUUGCUUUAUACAUAGUCAGGUUCAGGCACCAGACCUGCCAAAAUCCGCCGCCAAAUAGGACUCCGGGCCAUAACCGGCACUGAAACGACCAGUGCUUGAAUCUGCGACAACUACCGCCUCCACUCAUGGCUAGCUAGUGAAAGUGACAUUUAUGCCCAGACAACUUUUCUAUAAUCUGACAGACAAACCAGACAAUUAGUUGGCUAGUUAG